AUGAAAAGAAUUGAAGAAGGACAAUUUCAAGUCACAUUUUUAACACUUCGGCAAUAUCCUGAAGAAUUUUUUAAGUACUUUCGUAUGUCAAUAACGUCAUUUGAUACACUAAUUUUGCUGGUUGGAAAAUAUAUACAAAAACAGAAUACAAAUAUGCGUAUUUCUAUAACUCCUGAAGAAAGGUUAACGGUGACGAUAAGAUACCUAGCUACUGGAACUAAUUUUACCGCGCUACAUUUUGAAUUCUUGAUGGGUGUGUCAACAAUUUCCAGAAUAGUUUUGGAAACGUGUGAUGUUAUUUGGCAAAUAUUGCAACCCAUUGAAAUGGCAGCACCUACUACUCAAGAUUGGCUAGAAAUAUCAAAUGGAUAUUUUAAAACAUCACAAUUUCCUAAUUGCGUUGGAGCUGUUGAUGGCAAACACAUAAGGGUGGAAUGUCCAAAAAAUAGUGGGACACUAUAUUAUAACUAUAAACAAUAUUAUUCACUUAUUCUUAUGGCAGUCUGUGAUUCAAACUAUUGUUUCCGAAUAAUAGAUGUUGGUUCUUAUGGAAAAGAAAGCGACUGCAACAUUUUUAAAAUAUCGUCUUUCGGGAAAAAACUGUAUUCAAACCAAAUUAAUUUUCCUCCAGAUAACAAUUUACCAGGUGAUGAUUUCGGUGAACCUCAACCAUUUGUAAUUGUGGGUGAUGAAGCUUUCGCCCUAAAUAACAAUUUGUUAAGACCGUUUCCUGGUAGGUCAUUAAAUGACCAAAGAAGGAUAUUCAACUACCGGCUAUCAAGGGCCCGACAAACAAUAGAAUGUUCCUUUGGCAUUUUAUCUCAAAAAUGGAGAGUUUUCCAAACUAGCAUUUUAGUUGAUCCUGAUAUGGCUACUACUAUCACAAAAGCAUGUUGUGUCUUACAUAAUUUUAUUAGACGUCGGGACGGAUAUAACAUCGAACACACUCUCAGUUGUCCUUUAGAGUGUAUAACUGAAAGAAGAGGAGUGGGAAAUUCUUCAACUAGUGCCAAAGAUGUGAGGGAGUACUUUGUUAAAUAUGUUAAUGAUCCUAGUCACGCGUUAAGCUGGCAGAAUAAAGUAAUUAGAAAAUCUUAG